UAUACAAAACAACAUAACCUAAAAAUUUUGUAAAUUGACAAAUUUGACAUUUGAAUAUAAUUUGAAUUAAAAAGUGUUAAAAAUCAUAUUUACUUAAAUUUGUGUAAAUAAAAUAAUAAAAUUUCACAAUGUGUGCAAAGAAAGCAUUAACGCAACAAGAAUUGCGUAAAAUAAUGAACAAUACAAAACAAAAAUUAGGUGUACAGAAGAAAAUAGAAUCGCCAUUGGCAAAGUAUAAUUCAUUAGGACAAUUAACUUGUAUUAUUUGCAAGAUUACCAUCAGCAAUGAAGCAGCUUGGCCAAUUCAUAUAAAUUCGAAAAAACAUAAAGAAAAUAUUGAAAAUGCAAAACAACAACUUGAAAAAGCAAAAUCUUCUGUUUCGGGACAAAAAAGAUCGUCUUCUACAUUUCAGGAGCCACAACCAGUUAAAAAAGUUAAGGGUAUUCUUAAAAAUUCAAAUUCACGAACUACAACAAUUUCACAAACAAAAUCUCAAUUACCUGCUGAUUUUUUCGAUAAUAAAUCAUCAACGAUAAAAAGUGGUUCAUUAACAAAUGGUAAAACUAAUUCUGUAAAAAUUUCAUCAAAUAUUGAAUCAUCAGAAAGUAUGAUAGUCGAUGAAGAAUGUGAUGAUAAUGAUGAUAAACAAUUGAAAGCUAAGGAUAAUGCAUCGGCACUUCCUGAAGGAUUUUUCGACGAUCCAGUUUUAGAUGCUCGAGUAAGAAAUGUAGAGUACAAGGAUCCAAUAGAAGAGGAAUGGGAAAAAUUUAAAAAGGAAAUUAAAGAGGAAGAGGCACAGGCAAAUCAAAUAAUAGCAGAUGAUCAGGAAGAGGCGACGGCAAAAAGACAAGAGGACGUAAUAGAAGAACAAUUACAACGAUUAUCAAAAGUAAUGGAUCUUGUUAGGCUUAAAGAAAAAAUGCAGUCUAUCGAUAGAAAGCAAGAAAAUUUAGAAAAAGAAUCAUCAUCAAGCGAUGACGAUGAUGUUGAUGAGUUCCUUGAUUGGCGAGCAAAGAAAUCAUAUAAAUAAUAUUUAUUUAUAUAUUUAAAUGUACAAUAUAUUAAAUUAAAUAAAUUUUUCAUUGUUCUUUAAA